UAAUCAAUGCCAGAAAAUAUUGUCUUGUGGUCCUGUGAUUCACAGGCAACCAGGCCCAAUCAUGGAUGAACUGUUCCCAAGCUUUUUCAAUGAGAAAAAUAAAUUAAAACAGUACUUUGGUAAACUCCUGGCUGCUACUGAUAAAUACAAAUGUUUCUGGCAAAAUGUACAGACAUUUUAAACAAAAAGGUCCUCCAAUCUUAUGUAAAAAAAAACUAAACUUGAAUGACCUCAUCCACAGACUUAAUAUAUACUAUGUCACUUCUGCAAUUAGCGAACCACGUUGUCCUCCUUGUCCAAUACUUGUUACUGGUACAACUGAUUUACAUUUACGUUCACGUUACGAACAGAAGCAGCCAGUAGAGGACGACAGCCGCUUUGCUGUUGUAAUAUUCAAGUGGUAGAAAAGAAGAAGAAGCCAUUCGACGUCAUGACAUUUGAGCAUGCCUACUACACCCCAACAUAAACAAAGACCGAACACACAGCUUCUCUCUCACUUCAUAUUUAUUGCCGUCCGCGUCUACACAGUGUGAAGCAACAAAUUCCCGGAGGGAUGGAAAGCAUCUUUCAAAUGCGCGUGAGUGUGUUUACGGACCAGGGAGGUAGGAAAUACAUGGAAGACGUGACCGAGAUCAUAGUAGAACCGGAGCCGGGAGAAGAUGAGGUGAUGUCGGCGAAUCAGGAGGAGAGCAGCGUUGGAAACUACGAGGUCAACUCUUCGGCUGCAGACAAAAAUCCAAACAGGACUAAAGAAGACCCCAAAGCACAGACUGUAGAUGGCCCUUGUGAGCCUGAGCAAGCAGGAGAUAUAAGUUCAUCGGUGAAUUCGUGUUUACCGGGUGGUGGCAUCACACCGGGAGCGCCGCAGCAGAGUCCGCUCGGCCGUUCCCGCCGCUCGGUCGCAUUCUUCGCCGUGUUUGACGGUCACGGGGGCCGUGAGGCUGCGCAGUUUGCCCAAGAUUAUUUGUGGGAGUUUUUAAAGAAGCAGCGGGGCUUCUGGUCCGACUCUGACCGGGAGGUCUGCUCUGCUAUACGUAAGGGAUUUGUCGCGUGUCACCAUGCCAUGUGGAAGAAGCUCCCUGAAUGGCCAAAGACACUCACAGGUCUCCCAAGCACAUCAGGCACCACAGCCAGUGUAGUGGUUGUCAGAGGGAACCGAAUGUAUGUGGCCCAUGUUGGAGACUCUGCGGUGGUUCUGGGGAUACAGGAUGAUCCCACAGUUCCAUUCAUUAGAGCUGUGGAAGUGACCCAAGAUCACAAACCUGAAUUACCCAGAGAGAGGGAGCGUAUUGAAGGCCUGGGAGGAAGUGUGAUCAAGAAAUCUGGGGUCAAUCGGGUUGUGUGGAAGAGGCCGAGGCUGAGCCACAACGGCCCUGUUCGUCGUAGCACUGUCAUUGACCAGAUACCAUUUUUGGCCGUAGCCCGAGCACUGGGUGAUCUGUGGAGCUAUGAUUUCUACAGUGGCGAGUUUGUGGUUUCUCCUGAGCCAGACACAAGUGUUGUGACACUUGACCCCAAAAAGCACCGCUAUAUUAUCCUGGCCAGUGACGGUCUGUGGAACAUGGUGCCACCGCAGGAGGCCAUCUCUAUGUGCCAGAACAACACAGAGGUGAUAUUGAAUGCACCUUGUGGAGUGUCAAGUGCCAGACAGCUUGUCAGCUAUGCUCUCCAGAGAUGGCGCCAGAGGAUGCUGCGUGCUGACAACACCAGUGCCAUUGUUAUUGCGCUGGAGGAGUCGAACCUAUCACAGGACGUGCUGCACCAUGAGGAGGUGCUUCUUGAUCUUUCUAAGGGGUCCCAGUGUCUUCCCAGCUCCGUAUCUCGUGCUGACACCCCUCUACUUCAGCACCCUCCGGAGGAAGACUCUUUUUCUGAUCUGUGUGACUUUCUCCCUGCUCUGGAGCGCCGAGAUGGCCUUUCAGGAAGCAGCAGCUUGUUUCACAUGGAAUUAUCCGACCCCUUUGCUCUGACUCUGCUUUGUCCGAACUCAAGUACUGAGCUGCCAAGUCAGUCGAGCCCAAGUGACAGGACACCUGUCAGAAGGACACCUAUUAACAAAAGGACUAACGAGGGUCCAUCAUCACCAGCUUUAAGCCAUUUGGCUAAGAAAAGCCGCCGCAGGACUGCAGACAGACCACCUCUUGUGCAGCACAACACUGAGAAGAAACAGAAAGAGACAAAUAAUGUCUCACCCAUUCUCCAGCAGCAUAACAAGACUACAGUGUGUGUAUACUAAACAGUGUUGUAGAACACAUUUUAAGACUACAGCUCAAGUCCAACUUGGGUCUGGAUUUUUCUACACUCAUGACAAGGACUUAGAGCAUUUACUUGACUUAGUUUUUCUGUAGAACCUGGAAGUAUCACAUACGGUAUCACUCUGGUCUUUACGAAGACUCAGGGUCAUCCUCUGUUCUGGACACAAGACUGCUUCCAUAGACUUCAAUUCCUUUUGUGUUUUUUGGUCAGGGCAUGUAUUUAUUUAUCCAAACGUCAAGCUUAAUUCCUUUUGAAGAAUCUUCAAAUAGUAGUAAGGACUAUAAACUAUUCAAGAAACAAAGUUGUUAAGUUGAGUUUACUUCUGACACUAGUGGAACUAUUAUGUUUUCAUGGGAGUCUCUUUGCAACCCUGGUAGCUUCAUCCAUCCUUUAUGCCUUCAAGUCUUUACAGUUAUUUAAAUGAUGACGACUCCAGUUCCAGUUCCUCUGAUGCUCUUUGGGAUUCAAACUCGAAGAGCAAAGACUCAAAAUGUGACUCAAUGUUAACACACUCAAACAACAGCCUCCCACUGUUGAACAGUGGUUUUAUUUAUAUCAGUUCUCCCGUAGUUCGGUAACCAUUUCAUUCUGUGUAAGUAUUCAAAAAAUCAUCAGCUAAAUGUAUUACUUCAACCCUGUUAUUUUGAGCGAUGCUGGUGUAUGUUAUAUAAUGCAUUUUUAAUCCACGUCUAAAUAAGUAAAAUAAAGUAUUUGUUUUAUAACAAAUAUAUUUAUAUUUUAUAUACAUUAUUGUAUUGUAUAGCAAAUAUAUUACCUAAUAUGAAAUUUAAAUGAAGUCCUCUUUAGCCAAUGUAUGUUUACUCUUCACCAACUCCCACAAAGCUACAGUAUGUGCACCGGUAUAUGAUUCAAUUUUUGUCAUUCUUGUGUUAUUUAACUACUGGAGAUUAGUCUUGAAUAUGAAGGUGCUGCUACAGCCAAACACCAGUAUGCUAAUGCUCGUGUAUAUUGAUGGAGAACACCGUUGUUAGUAAGGUUUUUAUUUGAGAGUUAAAAUUUAAUAUGAGAACUCUACCCUCUUAAGUCGUAGGUCAUGUCUGAUAGUUUUUAGGUUUUGCAUCUUACAUGUUGAAUUCCUCUUUCAGUCAUGGCAAUUUAGUUGUGUUUUUUUCCUGUGAACUUUGGCAGGAGUGGCGUUAUUAUUUGGGACCAGCUGCUGUUUACAACCAAUGUUUGCUGUCACUCUGUGCUGCCACAGUGGCAACUUGUUUCACAAUAGGGUAAAAAAAAAAAAACGUAAUCAGAAGGCAGUGCUGUGAAACCACUGUACACUGUCACCUAAUUUAUUUGGUCUGCACUGUCUUUUAAUAGAAUAGUCUGUAAACAAGCUAUUGUCCCUGAUACUGUUACUGAUCUAUGUCCUACAGUCAUUAUUUAUCAGUAAAACAAAUGCAUGUACUUUCUAAAAUAUAUUUUUGCACUGUUGUUAUAUUGUUGGUUGUCUUUUUAGACCUGUAACAUUGGAAGACAUGAAAAACAUUGUAAAGUAGGAAAUGUAAGGGACAAAUCAUAACACUUUACCGUAGCAGGAAUUCCCACAUUGAUGUUGUCCUAUUUUACAUCUUCUGCUGUUCCACUUCAAAUUAAGAAUGAUGAUGAGUAAAGACAAAUAGACAGAAAUUUCUGCCCUGGUCCAUCCUUGUUUCUUUAUGAUAUAUUAUCUGUAAGACUAGUAGAAUUUUUAACUUCAAAAUAUUCUGAAUAGUUGUCAUUGAAACCAUAGGAGGGAUAGCCUUAAUGUCUACAAUGUCCCUUUUACAAAUAGUUUUCUUUUCUUCACUUGAAAGGGAAAUCUUUAUUUUGUAAUUUUUAUAAUAAUAAAUGCUAACGUGAUUCAGGUGGCUCUACUCAAUUUGCAUAUGGACAGGGCAAAUGUGAAAAAUAAUUUAAGCAAGCAAUAAAAAAAUUGCAUUUAAA